AUGACAUCACCUCGCAUGUCAUACGCAGAUAUAACCAACGUCAACAAAGGGGUUGCGCCCUUGGAUGUCACAAUCAACUCAAAAGGUCAUCCCAAUCUGAGGGGUCAUAUCCUUCGCCAACCGAUAAGCGAUCAACAGAUCUUCCUCCUUAACUACGGUCGUGCAGACACUUGGUUCUUUACAUCAACUGCCUUCGACGUCACCACUCUACAUAAUAAUACACACAAAACAUACGGCCCAUAUACGCUACACUUCACAUUACACGAAAAGGACAGAAUAAACGGAACCCUUAGAUGGGUCCCACCCACACUCAGCGAUCGCACACUCAUACAAGCACUACAGCCUUACAGCAACAAAGAACCCUCCAUAAACGCAAUCCCUCUCACCACCAACCGCAGCUUCCCCAUAUACACUGACAACCCAUCAACCAUCCCUCACUACAUUCAAAUAAACUACAAAAACAAGUCACUCAACAUUCUAAUAGCCAUCAACGACAGAAAACAAGCCUGCCAAACAUGCUCGUCAACUGAACACUGGACCAACCGCUGUCAAACGCUCAACUUACAAACAACGCCCAGUAAUCAAACACCAGCACAAUCUACACUACAAAAAACAACGUCACCCGCCCAGACAGCACCAGCGCAAACAAUCGCCAAGCCACCUCCAACAACAAGCAGCCAACAAGAAACGCCAUCCGCCCAGCCAGCACCAUCACCAAGCAACCAACAAACAACGCUCAAGAAACCGAUCAACCCAUCCAAACCGCCAAGUUUAUCAACAACACCCAGCAAACAAACAAGCGCAGCAAGGCCGGAACCAGACAAACCAUCUGCAUCAACAGCCCUAAAAACGAACACUCUGCUCUCGUUCUCGUUCUCAGAUAUGGACAUUACUACAAAUUUCAAAAGGAAGAAGGAAGAUAGUCCUACAGAAGAAAAGAAAAUAACAAAAAGUAAAAAAUUAUUUCAUGACUUCAAACACUGCAGGUUCUGCUUAGAAUAA